AGUGGCAAUUUUGUAGAUAGGUGGUAGCCGUAGGUAAUAUACAUAGAUGUACAGAAUGCUAAGGAAACGGUUAGUAAAGCGGGGAUUGGAACUGAUUGGGGCGGUUGCUGUUGUUUAUUUAAUGCUGGAGAUAUUAGAAUCACAUACCAUGGAACCUAGCGAAAGAACGAGGAAUAUACAAGUGCAGUUACCUCAAGGAGGAGGCUCGCAAGACGUCGCUGUACCUGUGGAUCAAAUGCAACAACUACAAGAACAGUUACACCAAGUACAAAGAGAGCAAGAGCUUCAGAUGUCAAAAAUCAACAACCCGCCACCCCAACCCCAGCAACCUAUCGCACCACGGGCAGCAGCUGCAGCAGCAAGACCAGCACCGCAAGCCGUAGUGAACAAACCAAAUACUGCAGAUAAAAACGCCAAACCAGGGGGGAGCGACAAGAAAUCAUCAUCAAGAAUCGCACCCAAUGUAAAGUCAAUGUCAGGAGGUCAAUCUCCUGAUCUCGGUGUGAGCACUAAUUUUGAAAAGCAAAAGAUUCCUCAACCAAAACUGAAAUCGUCAGGAUAUGUUUUACCCAUGUUGUACUUUGACAUGGGACCCAACAACUUGUUCCGUUUGUUUCGUCAAGGAGUGGUUUCUGCAUAUGAGAUGGGAAGGACGGUAGUUGUUCCAGUGUUUCACAGGCACCCUAGAAUGGGAGAUGAUGCUGAGAAUCCAUUUGUUCUUCCUAUAUUUGAUACGAAUUAUACCGUUGACUUGGUUUGGCCACCCAGUGAAACUGUUGACUUGGGCGCCCUGAAAAAAGCAGUGAAUGCGAUAUCUAUGAAGGAUUUUAAGAAGGAAUGUAAAGGUAGGCUGGAUGUUGUUGUUCAGUGUGGACAGGUUGACCAGAAGAGAAUGGACGGAAUUAAACAUUUCCAGCGAGCUGCAGAAGUGAAGGUCAUGAGGGAGAUUAAAGUUUCAAGUUACGAGGAAUUGGUUCCCAAUGAUUUAUCUGCGGGUAGAAUUGGUCCUGAUGAAUAUAAAUGCAUGGGAAUAAUAUAUGGGAAGAAAUGCUUACCAAGCCAGGAUAGAUGGUUGGCUACUUACUCAAGGGUUGCUAAACAAUUCUUCAGGCCCCUUCCUGUGCGAAAGUUAGCAGCAAGUUUCAAGGAAGAAGUCAUGCAUGAUAAACCAUACAUGGCAGUGCAUUGGAGAUAUGAAUCAGAUUGGUUGGACAUGUGCAAGCCUAGUCGACCCAAAGGAGCUCGUGAAAGAAAUAAGGAGAUUUGCAAAAUUACCGUUGGUUUGGAAGAUGAUGAACAACUUAGAAGUUCUUUUAUUCAAUCUAUAAAAGACAAGAUGGCCGAUUACAACCUAAAAGUUAUUUACCUAGCUAGUCCCCCCAAUAACAUUGCACUUAUCCGAUUAAUGAAUGCAAGUUUUCCCGGCAACUUCUUCUACAUGGAUGACGUCAUGAAGUAUUCAUUGAAAACCAAAGGAGCAAAUUUUUUGACGAAUAAUUACAAAACUUCUUUCGUGGAGCAAGAAAUCUGUUUCAGAUCAGCGUAUUACCUUGGUUCAAGUCUCUCCUCAUGGACUCAAACCAUUCUUACUGAUCGCCUGGCCAGAAAUAUUAAACGGCACGACAGUGUUUUGGCUGUGGUUGGUAAAGGAGCUCCAGGCUUCCCUGAAAUGGUCUUUCAGUUCCCUGAGGGCAAUUUUAACUUUGGUGGUAUGAUACCAGGUAAAAAGGUAUAACAGAUGUCCAUCAACUGCUACCAUCUUGCCAGGUUGCUUGCAAGACUAAUAACAAGCAUAGAGAACAAACAGAGAAGGCGUUCUAUGGUUAACUGACUCCUCAUUUGCUUUUUCUAUUUCUUAACUCACAGUCUUAAAAAUAUUUAUUGUGUGUUUCUAUUCUGUAAAUAUCACUGAAGCUUUAUAUUGACAAAUACAUUCGUUUUUGUUACA